AUCCUGUCAGACUGAGGAAAUUAGAAUAACAUUUACAAUGUAGAGCAGGCUAUCCUUUGGUGUUGUUUUUUGUACAUGAAGUCAAGUACAAUUCAGUAUUUUUUGUGAUGGAUUUUCAAGUUAUUUAUGCCGAAUCCUGAGUAUGUUACAUAUUGGAUUAUUACUUUUCAUGUUUCUUGUGAAUCCUAUUUCAACCGAAAACUCUGAUUUAGAGGCCUUACAAUUACAAUGCAAAGACGGAACGUUUGGGUAUCGCUGUUUGUUCACCUGCCGUUGCUCUAGAGACCGAGUCUGUGACAAGGAAACUGGAAGAUGCCCACGUGAUGAGUGUGCCAAUGGAUUCUGGGGACAGGGCUGUCAGUUAGACAACAACUGCUUUUACAAUGGCCGAGCACGGAGUUACAUGGGGACUAAGUCGGUAACAGACAGCCAGUUCACUUGUCAACGAUGGGAUUCACAAGUCCCCCAUAGACACUCGUAUAAUGGAAACGACUUCCCGGACCGCAGACUUCCGGACAAAUUUUGCCGGGCAACAAAAGACGCCUCCAGACCUUGGUGUUACACAUCAGACAAAGACAAACGAUGGGAGCAUUGCAACAUCAACAACUGUAAUUGUCCAACAUGGCGCUUCGGACCAAAUUGUGAAAAAGAGUGUCACUGCGCAGACAUCAGUGAAGCGUGCGACAGUAUCCUUGGUAUCUGUUCCAGCGGCUGCGCACAAGGCUGGGAAGGCUAUAACUGUCAAAUUUCUACGGCAUGUGCAACUAACAAGUAUGGAUUGAACUGCACCAAAACCUGCUAUUGCAAAAAUCCACUCCACUGCAAUCGUUACACCGGACCUACAGACAAAUGUGAAUGCAAAGAGGGCUACUUUCACCAGGGGGAUGGCUUCUGCCAAGCAGUUACGCCCCCUGAAAUCCUUUAUUUUAACAACGACAAGGUCAAUCCCGGCCAGCCAGCUAUAUUUAACUGCACUGUCACCGCCUACCCCACCCCGGGGAAAGACGAAAUCAGAUUAGAAGGGAUUUCAUCCGACCGAAAAGUGGAACGUCUGCAAUCCAAAGAGCUGAACCCGUAUCUGUACACCCGGUUCAACGUCUGGAAGGUGGACAGCGUUAAAGAGGAGGAGACAGUCACCUGUGCCGUGUCAGGGAAAGCGGGGACCAAGACUCGGACCAUCAAGGCCAAUGUUUACAGUCUGUAUCUUAUCGUCUUCUCCCAUCUUAUUAGACUUUAA